AUGGCUGUGCUCCGCAACGUUGACCACCCCGCGUCUAAGGCGACGGACUCCGUAUACACGCGUUAUGCUGUGGCUGUCCUCGCCGCGUGGUCUGGGGAGAUUGUUACCUACCCAUUCGAUUUGACAAAAACAAGACUGCAAAUCCAAUCGGAAGUCGCGAGUGCAAAACAUGGAUUUAAGUUAGAAGAUCACGGCAUGAUAAAAACGGCCGUGGCCAUAGCGAAAAACGAGGGCUUCUUUAAGCUGUGGAGCGGCCUAAUGCCGAUGCUGCAGCGUCACGCGGUGUAUUCAGGCUUUAGGCUGAUCUUCUACGAGAAGUUCCGGAACACGUUCACAGACGGCGGCAAACAAGUGUCCCUCGGCAUCGCUUCAGUGGGCGGGGCGUCGGCUGGCGGUUUGGCUCAGCUGAUAGCGUCGCCAACGGACCUGGUGAAGGUCCAAAUGCAGGCGGAAGGCCGCCGCCGGCUCCAGGGCAAGCCGCCCAGGUUCGAGAACUGCAGACAAGCGUACGCAAUGAUCUUCAACGAGAGCGGACUGAAGGGAUUUUGGAGAGGCGCCGUGCCGAACGUGCAGAGGGCCGCGCUGGUGAACCUCGGCGACCUCGCCGCGUACGACUACAGCAAGCAGCUGCUGAUCCGCGAACUGGGCAUGGCGGACUCGCUGCUCGCGCACUCGAUCGCCGCGUUCGCGGCGGGCCUCAGCGCGGCGGUGAUCGGCACGCCGGCCGACGUGCUCAAGACGCGCCUUAUGAACCAGCCGGUGGGGCCGGACGGCCGAGGUUCUCUGUACCGGGGAAUGAUCGAUUGCCUACAACAAUCUGUGAAGAACGAAGGAGUUUUAUCGCUAUAUAAGGGCUUUAUACCAAUUUGGAUAAGACAAGGAGAAAUCAAUGUAAAUGCACUAGUCAACAUUGUCCAAGACUCAAACGAC